GAUACUACUGAAAAACUAGACAAAAUGGCUCAGAUUAACCCCAUGCCCAUGGGCCCUUGGAAGAUCACCGUGUACGAUCAGGAGUACUUCCAGGGAAGGCGUAUGGAGUUCACCGCCUGCUGCCAGAACAUCAUGGAGUGUGGUAUGGAGAACAUCCGCUCCCUGAAGGUCGAGUGUGGCGCCUGGGUGGGCUACGAGCACUCCAGCUUCUGCGGCCAGCAGUUCGUCCUGGAGAAGGGAGACUACCCUCGCUUCGAGGCCUACAGUGGCAGCAACUCCUACCGCAUUGAGAGGAUGAUCUCCUUCAGGCCCAUCUGCUGUGCUAACCACAAGGAGUCCCGCAUGACCAUCUUCGAGAAGGAGAACAUGAGCGGUCGUCAGUUCGAGCUGUGCGAUGACUACCCCUCUCUGCAGGCCAUGGGAUGGAUGAACAACGAGGUUCAAUCCAUGCAAAUCCAGGGUGGAGCUUUUGUGUGCUACCAGUUCCCUGGCUACCGUGGCUACCAGUACAUCAUGGAGUGCGACUGCCGCGGAGGAGAGUACAAGUGUUACCGUGAGUUUGGCUCCCACUCCCAGACUCCCCAGAUUCAGUCCAUCAGGAGGAUCCAGCACUGA